AUGUUCUGCGGCCUUUCCUCGCUUUUACUGCUAGCUACUAGCACUUCGGCUGCAGUAGUCAGCCGGAAAGCACCCGCUGGCUUCGUCACGACCAAAGGCAACGCCUUCAAUAUAGACGGAAAGGAUUUCUACUUCGCAGGCAGCAAUGCCUAUUACUUUCCCUUCAACGAUCUCCAAUCUGAUGUAGAAGCUGGUCUCGGCGCCGCGAAGAAGGCUGGGUUGAACGUCUUCAGGACAUGGGGCUUUAAUGACCGGAACAGAACAACACUCGCGAACGGACUCCCGCAUUACGGUGGCGAAGGUGCCGGUCCCAGUCCGAACGUGAUGCAGUGGUGGAGCAAUGGGACGCAAGAGAUCAACCUAGCACCUUUCGACAAAGUCGUCAAGGCUGCCGAGAAAACGGGCAUCAAGCUUAUUGUUGCUUUGACAAACAAUUGGGCUGAUUACGGUGGUAUGGAUGUUUAUACGACUAACCUAGGCUACAAGUACCACGAUGAUUUCUAUCAUGUCCCAGCCAUCAAAAAGGCGUACAAGAAGUAUGUCAAGGAGAUUGUCAAGCGCUACGCCAAGUCUUCGGCCAUCAUGGCAUGGGAGUUAGCGAAUGAACCACGAUGCGGUGCUGAUGGUGUGCGCAACUUACCUCGCAGCGACGAUUGUACCCCCGACCGGAUCACCGAAUGGAUCGAUGAGAUGAGCACAUAUGUCAAGUCGCUCGACAAGAACCAUCUUGUCACCUGGGGCGGUGAAGGAGGUUUUAAUAGACCUAGUGACGAUGGAUUCUACAACGGUUACGAUGGUGGAGACUACGACAAAGAGUUGGCACUCAAGAACAUUGACUUCGGUACCUUCCAUACUUAUCCUGACUGGUGGUCAAAGAGCGUCGAAUGGGCAAACCAGUGGAUCAUCGAUCAUGCCGAAGCCUCUCGUGCCGUGGGCAAGCCAGUCGUGCAUGAAGAGUAUGGAUGGCUGACCGACGACAAGAGGCAAGAGUAUCUCAGCAAGACCUCCAACGUUACGAGACUUGAAGCUAUCGGACUAUGGCAGGCUACCAGUCUGAAGGAGAAGAUGCCAGAUAUGUACUGGCAGUUUGGCUACUCAGGCUACUCCUACGGCAGGAACCACGAUGACGGGUUUACUAUCUUCUUGGACGAUGCGGAAGCCAAACAGCUUGUUUAUGAGCAUGCGACGAAGGUCAAUGCUUUGAACAAGAAGUAA